AUGACUAAAACUACAUAUACUCCUUUUGGUCUUCCACUCACUGAUGAGGCUUUGAAAAUUGUCAAUGAAGUUCGUUUGAAGUUGACUCAACCUAUCCAUCCAAAUGUGAGUUACAUGAAAUCCAAAAACGAUUUCCGUAAAAUUUGAGACUUGAUACAAAAUUAGGGGUGGAUUUGAAACAGACGAAUUUCGAGAGAUAAGUAAGAAUCUCAGAUGAAAGUAUUUUUGAUCUACCAGAAAAUUUCGAGGCGUAGGGAUUUUAAAUAGUAAAUUACACGGUGUUUUGGUUAAAAAUCUUAAUGAAAAGUUUCAGAUUUUUGAUGCAUAGAAACGUCCCGAAAUUUAAAAAUUUUGAAAAAUGAGGGAGUUUUCAAAAAACAAAGAAUGAAGAUAAAAAUAUUUUCCAAAAACCCUAAUUUUUGAAAAAAAAUCGGAAAAACAGGCUUGGUUUUUUUUGUGCCAAAUUUUACUAUUCUUAAAAAUUGUGUUAUAAAUUUCAAGAGUUGAACUAAAUCGACUCCCUGAAAAUGCUCAAAAUUAGUAUUUUUAUCAUUUCCAAUUUCAAAAAUUGCUGAAAAUGUCUGAAACUGUUUCAGAGUUGAAAAAAAGUUCCCUAGUGAAACCGUUUUUUUCUUUUAUUUUCCCUCUGCAAAAUUCUUAUCAAGUGUUCUGGUGGUCUUUUUUUCCGAACACAUUAAUUUUCAGCAAAAAAAAAUUAAGCGAGACCGAAAAUUUACAGAUAUGAUUUUUGGUUUUGAAACCAAGUAUCCAACAAAAAAAAUUCCAGUUCGACACUGAUUUCAACAUCUAUCGCUUCGUCAUGUCUGCAGAAAGAACUCACAAAAAAGAAAAAGAAGUUAUCUCAAGUGCAGCCAAGGCUCUGAAUAAUCAUUUGAGAUAUCGAAAAGCAAUGGAUUUGGAUUCAGAUAAUAUCCCAAAUUUUGACAAAAAUCCAAUAUUUCAAAAACGAUUAAUGCCACGUGGUGAAAUUUUGGACAAAUGCGAUGAUCAUAAUCGUCUUCUUUGGUACAUUGAGUACGCAACAAUUACUGUAGAGGUACAAAAAAUUCGAGGAAAAACUAGAAAAAAAAAUUUUUUUUUAGAGUAUUGCUCAUUCUAUUCAAUCAUCAGAGGCUUGUAAAUAUCAAUUUUUACAAUUUGAAUAUAUGCUUCGACAGGUCAUGAAACAGGAAGCAAAAACAGGAAAAUUGAGUUCUCUUCGUCACAUCGUAGAUAUGAAUGGUUAUGAGAUUAAUCCAUUUACAAUGGUAUUUGUGACCAGUGGAACUCUCGCAUAUUAUUCACAAUUAUUCCAUUUUGAAAAUUAUCCGGAAUUAGUUGUGCCAGUUGAUAUGGUGAAUAUUGCUAGAUGGAUUCAUGUCCCUUAUAAAUUGGCAAAAUCAAUGAUGCCCGCUGGAUUUUCUGAUAAAUUUAGAUUACACGAUAGUCAUUUUAUGAAAACCCUAAACGAAGAUAUUCAUGUUGAUGAUAUUCCAACAAGUCUUGGAGGAAAUGACAAAGAAAUUCAAUUUACUGGAGCGCAGAAAGUCGAUCCAACUGAUUAUUGGAAACCGACUAAUGAGAAAAUUCUUGAGACCCUUGAAUCAUUCCACAUCCCUGGUAGAAAAACGCGUCAUAUAACAUUGAAUGUGACUGCGCCAAAAACACUCAGCUGGUAUUAUUCAACAGAUGGUGAUGUAUAUUUCGGCGUCUUUUUUGAGGUUGGUUCGAACAUCUGACAGGCCACAGAAUAAUUUGUUCUAUUUAGGGUGAAGCUACAAACAAUAAUGAGGAGAAUGAUCCAAAUUUGGAUAAUAUGGAAAUGGUUUAUCCAUGGUUGAAAAUCACUGCAAAACUAGUUCAUGAAAGAGAUCAAGUUACACUAACUCGGACUGGAAAGUAUGGUUUUUUUGAGAGAAGAAUGAGCUGGAAUUAUUUUUUUACAGAUAUCACAUUGUAUUCUGCAACAAGCAUUCCUGGUUGUCGCGAAGAAGUGUAGAAUUUUACGGUCAAAUUUCGGAUGCUGAAGGAAUUGUCAAACGAGUCUAUUCUGAUGGAACUACCUCUUCUACAGAAAUUAGAAUUUGA